GCUACAGGGUGAUCGACCGAUGAGGUCCAUGGAGAGCACGGACUCGUCGUCCGGCUCGGCGCCGCCGCAGCAGCAGAAGCAGACGAGCUCGGCGCCGGACCUCCCGCCGGGGUUCCGGUUCCACCCGACGGACGAGGAGCUGGUCGUCCACUACCUCAAGAAGAAGGCCGCCUCCGCGCCGCUCCCCGUCGCCAUCAUCGCCGAGGUCGACCUCUACAAGUUCGACCCGUGGGAGCUCCCCGAUAAGGCGAGCUUCGGGGAGCACGAGUGGUACUUCUUCAGCCCAAGGGACCGCAAGUACCCCAACGGAGCGCGGCCGAACCGGGCGGCGACGUCGGGGUACUGGAAGGCCACCGGCACCGACAAGCCCAUCCUGGCGUCCACCGGCAACCGCGAGAAGGUCGGCGUGAAGAAGGCGCUCGUGUUCUACCGCGGGAAGCCGCCCAAGGGCCUCAAGACCAACUGGAUCAUGCACGAGUACCGCCUCGCGGACGCGGCGAGUUCCGCCGCCGCCAACCGGCCGCCGCCCGGCGCCGGCGGUGGCAAGGCCACCUCUCUCAGGCUGGACGACUGGGUGUUGUGCCGCAUCUACAAGAAGACCACCAAGCUUGGUGCCGGCGAUCAGCAGAGGAGCAUGGAGUGCGAGGGCUCCGUCGAGGACGCGGUGAUGGCCGCGUACCCGCGCCACGCCGCGGCGGCUGCCAUGGCCGCCGCAGCUGGGGGAGGAGGGGCGCAUGGCGGAAACUACACCUCGCUGCUCCACCAUCACGAAGGCCACGAGGAUAACUUCCUGGACGGCCUGCUCACCCCAGAGGACGCCGCCGGCCUCUCGGCGGGCGCCACCUCCCUGAGCCAUCUCGCCGCGGCGGCGAGGGCGGCUCCGUCUGCCACCAAGCAGCUGUUCGUUUCCUCCUCCACCCCAUUCAACUGGCUCGACGCGUCAGCGCUCGCGAUCCUUCCCCCGACAAAAAGAUUCCAUGGGUAUAGCGGCAGAGACGCCACCGACGGCGGUAUGUCCCUGUCGUCGCCGUCCGAAAGAAAUCAGCUGGGUGCUGUUGGGGCCGGUGCCGUCGACAACGACACUGGCGGCGGCGGCGCCAAUGCAAUCCCUACGUUCCUCACUCCGCUCGGCGUGCAAGCUGCGGCGACCUACCAUCACCACGCCAUUCUCGGCACGCCGGUGCCGCCGGAAGCUGCCGCCGCCGCCUGCAGUUUCCAGCAUCCCUACCAGCAGCUCUCCGGGGUGAACUGGAACCCGUGAAUCCAUGAUACCGACGUGCCUAUGGGCAUGCAUCGAAUGCAUGGCUGGCUUUUCAGGUAGUCAACAUUGCUAGCUCUGGUAGUUGUUGUAGUGGUAGUCUCAUUCAGUGAGCACUGAGUAGUAGCACGCACAGGACACUUGCAUGCAUAUAGUGCCCCCAUCGCCUACCACGAGCACGUACCAGUACGGACUAGCUAAGCAACGACAUUGCUAUAGGAGUAGGCCGUAUUUGAAACCCCCCAAAAAAAUCUACUUGUACUUACAUAGAUAUAUGAUAGUGAAUCUAUAGUGUGGUGGGCCCUGCAUAUAAUAAUUCCACAAGAAUGCAGUUGAGAUGACAUCCCAGUCACACAAUUAACUGCUUUACUACUUAUCAAUUAUCACUGUCAUGUAAUUAAGAUUGAAAAAAUUCGGGCAUGGUAAUUGCAUGCAUGUGUGUGUAUGCUUGAUUCAUGCACAUGCCCGCAUGUAAAAAUUAAUGUUCAUAUACUAGCUACUACU